GACAUCUGUUUAUGGUUUAUGGUCUGUGGCUAAAGUUUACAAACAAACUGUGAAAUUUUUCUGAUUUUCUAACUUAAGAAAAGUAAUUACUUAGGUACUUAAUUUUAAAAUCAAAAUGUCUAUCAUAGUUAUAGCAAUAGGAUCGGAAAGUGGUGUACCAAUAUUUUCCAAGAAAGUGGGCAAUAAUGAAAACAUUCAGUUUUCAACAAUAGCAUCGCUACAUGGGAUUAACAUGUUCACAAAAUGUCACAACUUGCAAAUGAUCAAUACACUAGUUGAUAAUGGAACUAUACUGUGGAAGGAAUAUUGUAAAAGUGUGACAUUGAUUGGAAUUGCUACUGGAGGGCUUGAAUGUGAUUUGGAACUCCUACUAUCCUGUAUCCACGAUGUCAUGGUAUUCUGCAUUGGUAAGAAGGAAUUGGAAAACAUGAAGAACUUAGAUCAAAUAAAGAGGGACCUCAGACAGUGUUAUCCUAUAUUGGAUUAUCUACUGGAAUCUUUGGAUCCUAAUUCUGUGCCUCGAUCAACAAUAGUGUUGGAUUUUAUUCAGAGUUUAUUGUGUCCUCAAGCACAGCAAUUGCAGCAAGUGUUAGACAACUACGCACAAAGUGUGACGGGUAGGUGGGCCUGCCUAACAAUACACGGACACUUGGUAGCCACAAGCUCAGACUUCUGUGAGCUGGAUCCGAGGGAGGCGAGGCUACUGCUGCUACUGGCGGCAGCUCAGGACGGCGCUCCGUUGAGGGAUACUCUAGUGUAUUUGCCGCAAAUGAGCCCUAAUGUAGCGUUCAGAGCAGUAACAUGCAAAUUGCUAGCAGAUGUGUACGUGUUAGUGAUCUGUGGAGCGACGCCGCCGCUGUCGCAGAUAGACGAAAUAGUGCUGCAGUGCUGGGAGGGCUACGCACAGAUUAUAAAGGAGGCCAAGCUUGUGUACCCCAGGAAUUUCCCCUUGAGCGUUACAUUUGAUACAAUUUUGUUGGGGUUACUAGUAAUAAACGUGAGCAAGCGUCGUUGCGUGUUUUCGCGUCACCUUCACGCCACUCAGAAGAGCAGAGGCAUGUCGGGCGUUCACAGGAUCGACAUCCUCAGGACAUUCUACAUCACCACUGCUAAAGACUUGGCGCCGGAGCUGAAAAUUACGGAAGGGGAAGAAAAAGAUAGUAUGGACGGUGCAGUGAGUGAAACCUACUGGUGCUCGGAGUACCACAAGUGCCACGCGCAGAGAGCCGGCACUCUGCUGUGCUGUGCGUUGUACGCGCAUACCGUACCUACUCAUACUAUGAGAUUAUUGACCAGUCAAAUACUCCAGGACUUGUCCACAAACAAAGAGAUUUAUUGGUGACAACGAAAAACCGAUUUUGGAUAAAUAUACGCGCCGAGUUGUGAACCACCUCCUUUUUAGAAGUCUGUUAAAAUACGGCGGAGGAUAGACAGAUUUAUACUAGUGAUAAUGGCUCAUUUUAACAGUGUCUUAAGUUUGAGCAAAGUCAAAGUGCGGUCUAUAGAUCUCAACCUAAGAAUCCAAUGACUAUCUUUCAAAAGGUUGGCUCUUAAAUCGACACUAAUUGCAAACAAAAUAGGUAAAUGAAAUAUUUAUGGAAUAAGUGUAAACUAAUUAACUCGACUGGAGUUCCAUCUUUUUACAAUGGUCUCUGCACAAAUGGACCAUUUUUAGUCAUAGUUUUAGUAUUAAAAUGGUACUGAUUCUGUUGAUAACUAAAUUUUAGAGUGUUGGCAUCCUCUUCUUACUAAUGCAAUAUGAAGAGGACAGACACAGUUUGACAGAUUUAAAUUUAAUUUAGAGCUGUAAAACCUCGUGACUUUAGCUGCCAGUCGCGAGCCUAUUGUUUUUUAUAGCGUGCACUAAAAUUUAGAGUCUUAAAAUGUUUAGAGUCUUAAAAUUCAUGUUCUGUCCCUUUUCAACAAUAUUAAAAGGAGGAGGACGCAGAUACUCUAAAUUUAGUUUAUAGAAAGACAA